AUGACGGAUCAAAAAAAAAUCGAUAAAAAGCAUCCGAUCGUACUUCCAGCUAAGCAUCGGCUGACCGAGCUCAUUGUUACCAAAGAACACCACAAGACACUUCAUGCAGGUCCUGGCCUACUACUUUCGUCAAUCCGUCAAAAAUACUGGCCUCUUGGCGGCCGGAACUUGGUUCGACAAAUCGUCCACCGUUGCGUAACGUGCGUCCGUGCUCGACCGAAGCCACUCGAACAGCUGAUGGGCCAGCUUCCUCCUGUGCGCGUCAACCAGGCGUACCCGUUUGAAAACGUCGGUAUCGACCUGGCAGGUCCAUUAUACGUACGCCCGUCCAUCCGAAGCAGAAACUCAUCGUUUGCAAAAGCGUACAUCGUAGUGUACGUCUGCCUCGCCACAAAAGCUGCACAUCUCGACCUCGUUUCCAGUCUCACCACUCAGGCAUUUAUAGCUAGUCUCCGGCGAUUCACCGGUCGGAGAGGCAAACCGGCGCACAUCUAUUGUGACAACGCGACCAACUUUGUUGGUGCAAGACGCAGCAGCACAAGGAAUCUGUAG